AUGUUUGGAUAUAGCAAUACACUUCUACAGACGUUACUACUACUACUACUAUUACUACUACUAAAUUGUCUGGCAGUGUUAGGAGAAACAAGCUCACUUUUUCAAAAUGUUAGUCAGCCGCAGCUUGAUUAUAGUUCUAUUGGAGAUCGAAUAGGUUUCUUUGGAUCGUUUUCAGCUGUUAGCUUCUAUAGCUACAAGGGGAUAUCUGAUGAAGUCAGUUUACCAUCAAUUGAGGACCCACCAGACAAUUCACUUAAAAAACGAGACAAUUCAUCAUCAUCCACAACAUCUACUUCGAACAGUCUUUAUGUUCAAGAUUCAAAAAGUAAUUUCAACUCAAAAUAUGCUGACCUUAAUGGUUCAAUCAAUCAACUAUAUAGGCUAUCAGAUGAUACUGUUAUACUCAAUGGUGAUUUCACUACAUUUAAUGGUAAACAAGUGAAAAGCCCUUUGAUAUACAACAUCACUUCAAAUUCAACAACCGAUAUAAUAACCGACGAUGACAAGGUCGAUGGACAUGUCAAUACCAUAUUCAUUGAUAAUGAUCUUGUGUACCUAGGCGGUAAUUUCACCUACAACAGCACUGCUGGAGCAGCAAUUUAUAAUAUAACAUCAAAAAAGCUUUCUUCUACUUUGUUUCAAGGAUUUGGUGACAAUGCAGUCAUAAAUUCCAUUUCCAAGCUAGCAGACAAAGAUGACAAGGCAUUAGGAUCGAUUUUGUUUGGUGGUUCAUUCAACACUUUGGGUUUAUCGGAUCUACUAUUGCACAACAUGACAACAAACUCAACGCGUCAUCAUAAUGAAACAAACUCAACAAUUGUCAAUGCUGAACAGCAGAUAUCACUAAGACAUGGUCUGUUUACCGCUGUCAAUGCUCAAGACGAUAGUGAAAACUCACUUGUCAUUUGUCCAUCAGAAGAUAAUGUAUGGCAGGCACAACCAAGUUCAGGAGCAGAAUGGAAAGUUGAACUUCCCGAUGAAAUGAAGGGGAUUACACCUACUAAAGCAAGAAUAUAUAUACCAGAAAGCAACAAUGGAAUCAAGUUGUUUAGAAUAUAUUCUUUUCCAAACAAUGGUAUUAUGAAUCUUACUUAUAUUGAUCCUGAAACAAAUGAGUUGAGUACUUGUGACGCUUGGUGUCCAUUGGUUGCAUUUGACCAGUUGAAUGAUUAUGUUGAAAACAAUAUUGAUAAUGCUACUGAGCUAAAUCGAGACGAUGUCUUUGUUGAUGAAGAGGAUGGAACGUAUUUCAGAUACUAUGACCCCAGUACUAAAACCAAGAAUCUUGGAUAUGGAUCAAAUUUUCAAGAGUUUGCCUUUAUUGAUUCUGUUAGUUUUGAUUCAAUUGGAUUGACUAUUAUAGACUGGUAUGGCGAACAAGGUGCAUUUUCAGGGUUUGAACUAUACCAAAAUUCGAUUCAAGUGUUUGGAAACAAUACAUUGAAUGAGCCCAAUUGUGGUAAUGAUUUUGGACAAGAUAAUAAUAACUACGCCGAGAUUAUCUCUGGUGAUUUCCAAUCUGUCAAGAGUAUUUCAUCUGUUGUUACAAACACUGAUUAUAUGGUGAGUUAUGACACAUCAGCAAAGAUAGCAUUGUAUCCAAAUAUAUCAUACUCAGGAGAUUAUUCCAUUAUAAUGACCACUCCAGGUUGUGCUGCUGAUAAUUCAUGUUCACAGAGAGUCAUUGUUAAUGUUACCGUAAUUGGUGAUGAUGACGACAUAUUGUCCUCGAAUUUGAUUUACCAAAAUAACGAGAAUGUAAAAUUUGACUAUUUAUACCUGGGUCAUUUGAACAGUUCUGAUGGGAGCUCAAAUAGGAUUGAAGUUCUGUUCCAUGAGGCAAUUACCUCAGGUGCUGAAAGUCCAUUCAUGGUUAUUGACAAAGUAGUAGCAAACAUUGUUUCAUUGGAUCUGUAUUAUGAUCGUAAUAAUACUAAUCACACAAGAAGCUCAUUGAGGUCAAAUUUGACUCGAAUUGAAUUGAAUGGAUUAUUUGAAUAUUCAUUGGCUAAUUUCUCAAACUUUGACGAAAACUUGGUUCAUUACAAGAUAAACAACAAGACAUACUUGAGUCCCAACAACACCUACAUUGGUAAUUCAUCUAUCAACUUGUUGAGUAGUCGACUUUCAAAUAGUUCUGUUCUUGAUGAAAUUAAUUUCCAUGAUGAAUCAUUGUUCAUCCUUGGUCAAUUUGAAUCAAACAGUAAUAAUUUAACCUUGUCGAAUAAUAACUUGAUCACUUUGAAUGUGUCAUCUUACAACACCACAUCAAAUGAAUCAAACAUUGAUUUGCCAACGACAUUGAGAAAAAGAGAUACGCAUAAUUUCAAAGGUGCGACAUUCAAUAAUUCUAUAUCAAAGACAUUUACUCUCGACAACGGUUUGCUAGUACUUGGACAAUUCAGUAUAUCUGAUGCUACAAUCAAAGAUCUUUCCAACAAGAAUGAUUCGGUUUCACUGGCUAAUAACUUCGCCAUAUUAUCGACGGACGACCAGUGGUAUGGGUUUGGAAAUGACUACGAGAAUGCUGAAUUUGAUCAAUUUGCUGAUUUUACUCUCGAUGGAGUCGAAUACUAUGUAUUCUCAGCACAAGGUUCAAUAUUCAAAACAUGGGAUAACACCAAUUUCGAAUGGUCAAGUCGUCAAUUCAACCUUACUCAAGCAGUAUCUCUCACGUCACUGUUGCAAGUUCUUGGAGGCUCCGGAUUUAGUGUCAUGGAUUUCUACUCUAAUGAUCAAGCAUAUAUCAAAAGUGCCAAUUUCUCCAAAUUUGGGAUUGAUAUAUCGUCCAGUGAUAACAGUUAUAUUUCAAGUUCAUUUUACGUGAAUGAUUCAAUCAGUGUCAUUGGUGGGAAAUUUAACUCUAGCGAUGUGGAAAAUGUGGGGAUCAUCAAUAAUAAGAAUCCAUCAAAUAGUAUUCAACCAUUACAAGGUGACAUAUUAUGGGAAGAUGAUACCAUGAUUCAGUCCUUGUAUGCUGAUAGCAAUGGUGAGUAUUUGUUUGUUGGUAUGAAUUCAUCUGUAUCGAUUAAUGAUCAAGAUGUCACUGGUCUUGUUAUUUAUGAUUUGAAAAAUGAUACUUUUGCAUCAUUCCAGCCGGCAGCACUUUCAAACAGUAAUGGGAACCCCAUCAGUGUCAACUCAAUAGUGUUGUAUGAUGAUGGUAAGAAGUUACUUGUUGGUGGAGAUUUCGAUACUGCUGGAUCAUUGAGCUGUCAGUCAUUAUGUGUUUAUGAUAUUGCCAAUACGAGAUGGCUUGAUCCGCAAAACGACAAUACAGACCUGACUGCCACGAUUGAUGGCGUUGUUACUGACAUGAAGUUCUACACGUCGAGUAGAGUACUCAUUUCGGGGAGAAAUUUGACCCUAAACAAUAACAAUGUUGUUUUUCUCACAUACAAUUUCAAAGGUGGAUCAUUUGAUACUGAAUCAUCAUUGAAUUCAUUGAACAAAACUGUUAAUCGAUUUAUCCUUAAUGAUCGGUCAAAUAGUGAUCUGAGUGGUAGAAUGAUUGCUAUGGGAGAUGAUUUCAUUUACGGAUUCGAUGGAUCGAAGUGGUCAAAUAUAGAUAAUGAAAUUGAUUAUACUGACUCCAAUCACGCUGUUUUUCAUGACUUGAAAUUGUUGACUUUAUCCAAAUCAUCAUCAUAUAACGGAGACUUAUUUGACAAGAGUAAAAUCUUACUUGUUGCUGGAACUUAUUCACUCAAGGAUUACGGUCCCAUCAAUAUGGCGUUAUACAAUGGUACAUCAUGGAUCCCAUAUGUGUACACGACAUCACCCCAUUCAUACUCAACCAUUGGAGACGUUAAAACCAUACUUAUAGACGAUUACUAUCGUCUUCAAUCAUCUGACGAUUUGAAAAAUUUGCAUAAUUAUUUAUCUAGGGGGAAAGUUGUUGGUAUUUCAUUAGCUUGUGCUUUGGGCUCUACUUCGUUGUUUGGAUUAUUGUAUUUGAUUCCAUAUCUUGCAUUGUUGAAGAACCGAAAGGGAUAUGUACGAAGAAUUCAUGAGCAGGAUAUGAUUGAUAGUGUAAAUCCGGAGGAUUUAUUACACGAGAUUGAUUUACAACGGGAAAAGUAG